AUGGCGAAGACGAUCGACAGUAAAGCGCGCGGUGCAAUCCCAUCUAAGCGUUCCUCAGAGAUUCCGCGCAAGACUCCUUACGUCCGACGAUGCCCAGGUCCGGAUUGCUCGUGGAGUUGGGUGAUCGCCGUGGCUUGUUCGCUUUCGAAUUUCUUCACUCUGGCAAUCUUAAGAUCUGGGAGUGUGGUCUUCCGAAAAACCCACGAGUAUUAUGGUGUUUCGAGAACUGACGCCUCGUGGCCCGUUUCGUUAAUCAUCGCCGUGUGUAACAUAUCCGGCAUACUAACGGGAUACUGCGUACGCCGGUACGGACCUAGAAGCAUCGCCAUUCUGGGCUCGUUGAUCUCGUGUCUUUCAAUAAUGGCCUGCUACUUCGCUACGGAUAUAAUCGAGCUCAUCUUCUUCUGUGGCAUCGGCCACGGCUUCGGGAUGGGCUUGAUUUUUCCUGCGGUGAAUUACUGUCUGAAUGCGUGGUUCGAUAAGAAAAAGGUGACGGCCAGUGGCUUGAUUUACACUGGGAAUGCCGUGGCAUCAUUCGUCUUUCCGGCACUUUUUGGUCGUUUGGUUGAUCAAGUGGGCUUCCGCGCUUGUCAUCUCAUUAUGGGGGCUAUCAUGGCUAACAGCGUGGCCUGCGCGUUAUUGAUACGAUCGCCGCCAUGGUUCAACGGGAGGGAGAGAUCGGUUUCUCAGUAUUCCUGCGAAACUAACGAGCAUCGAGGAGGACACGACGAAGAAGCUUUCCAGAGUUUCCGCGAGGCAAUGCUACAUCACACCGUCGAUCGGGUUGAAGAGGAGGGCGAAGACGAUAAUACGAAGACCGAACGCGCGCGGCACGCUCCGAGUCAGCGAAUCCAUCCUCCUCCGGAGAAUGAUUCUGGUGUGGAAAGCGUAGGAAGCGUGUCCGUGAAGAUCCCGGAUGUCCGAAGAUCGCGCGGCGAGUCCAUGCGCUCGGCUUCCAUGACGGCUGUGUUCACCCCUGGCGCCAAUAGGAGAAUUUCCGUUUCUUCGGGGCUAGCGAGGCAACGACUCCGGAGGAGAUCAUCCGCUAUCUCUACGACAUUGUCGAUUUUCGGACCUGAAGUGAUUGUGGGAGGCCCGGCCGACAUGGAUUUUGAGGUGGGCGGGUGUCCACCUUCAUUCCAGGAAGACGUGCGAGAGAGAAACUGUCCUCUAUUAUACCUCUUGGGCAUCAGCUACGUGGUUUUCGUGAAUUCGAAUUCCUGCUUCCAGACAAUAAUGCUCGAUUAUGCCGUUGAUGGAGGAGUAGACGAACAGUUGGGUAUAUAUAUCUUGUCCGGUUUCGCGGUGAUGGAUGUCGUGGGUCGUCUAUCAGUGGGCCUUGUCUCGGAUUCCGGGAUGCUGUCCCGGCCCACCAUACUGAGCAUAUCGUGUGCCAUCUUCGGUCUCUCCAUGAACCUACUCCCAUUCGUCUCUGGAUUCUGGGCUGUGUCGCUGUGCAGCCUCCUGAUCGGAUUGACGACUGGGACGAGCACGGUUGUCAUUGUUGUGCUCGUCGGCGACUACGCCGGAAAAAUUUCGGACGUGCCCGUGAUGCUAGGGCUAAUGUCGUUUAUGACAGGGAUCACCGGACUCGGGCGACCCGGCGUGAUCGGUUUCUUCCGGGAUACUCUCGGCGAUUACGAUGGACUCCUCUAUGUGAUGGGAAGUCUCAUGCUUUCCAUUGGAAUUGCUUGGAGCUCGGCGAGUUUGUUUGAAGAAAUCCAAGAGCAGUGCUCGCACGAGUCGGAAAAGUAA